AUGCACCCUGAGACAUCCAGGUUCCCUGAAUGCAUCCUGAGCCCCCUCAGAAUCCUCAGCCAUCCUCUGCCUCUGUCUCCACAGGUGUACCUGAAGGCACCCAUGAUCCUGAACGGGCACGAGGACGCCUUGGCCCAGGCGGCGUUCGAGGAGGCUCGGCGCCGGACCAGAGACUUUGAGGACAGGGACCGCUCACACAGAGAGGACUUGGAGGUGAGAGGGCGCCGGCUGAGUCCACUCCAGCCUCAUCCAUGCAGGCCGGGCCCACGGGGCCAUCUCAGUUUGGCAAAUCUGUAA